GUUGAUGACUGUGCUAUCCAAUAUGGCAACCAGGUGGGGGAUCUGCAGCGCCGGGAAGAUCAGCCAUGACUUCACCGUGGCCCUGAAAUCUCUUCCUCCUGAAGACCAUCAGGUUGUGGCUGUGGCAGCUCGCAAGUUGGAGGAUGCGCAGGAGUUUGCCAGGAAGCACAGCAUUUCCCGAGCGUACGGCGGCUAUGAGGAGCUGGCCAGAGAUCCGGACAUCGAUGUGGUGUAUGUUGGAGUCAUCCACCCCUACCACCUGAGCACUUGCCUGCUCUUUACUAACGCCAAGAAGAACGUGCUGUGUGAGAAGCCGCUGGCCAUGAACACCAAGGAGGUGAAGGAGAUCCUGGCCUCUGCCAAGGCGAACAACGUCUUCCUCAUGGAGGCCGUCUGGACCCGAUUCUUCCCGGCCUCAGUGGAGAUCAGACGGCUGCUGGCCCAGGGGGAGGUGGGCGAGGUGAAGAUAGUGAGAUCGGAGUUCUGCUUGCCAUUGAUGGACGUGGCUAGAUCAGUGCAGAAAGAGCUGGGUGGAGGAGCAAUGCUAGAUCUCGGCAUCUACUGCCUGCAGUUCGUUUGCAUGGUGUAUAAUGGAGAGAAGCCGGAGAGCAUCCAGGCCAUGGGGGUCUGCAUGGAGACUGGAGUGGAUGAGACGGUGGUUGUCACUCUGAAGUUCUCCAAGGACAGGAUGGCAGUGUUUACCUGCUCCGCGAGCAUGCUGCUGCCCAAUGACGCCGUUAUUGUGGGCACAAAGGGCUCCAUCAGGGUGCCAGAACACAUGUGGUGCCCUACAUCCUUAAUAGUGAAUGGGAAGGAGACCAAGUACCCAGUGCCAGAACCAUAUUUGCCUCUCAACUUCCUCAACAGCACCGGGAUGCGUUAUGAAGCAGAGGAAGUUCGGCAGUGUUUGCUCAAAGGGCUGAAGGAGAGUGCAGUUAUGUCCCAUGCGGACUCUCUUCUGCUGGCUGAGGUGGAGGAUGAGAUCCGCAGGCAGGUGGGGGUGGUGUACAGCCAGGACCGCCAGUAAAUGUUCAACAUGAAAUCUACACCAUUUCUGCUGGCUGUAUAGAUCCAUGUUACAAUGGCAAAUAAACUCUUUGUUCUUUUGGUC